AUGGAAGUACAGGUGAUGCCUAUCCCUCAGCAUGCCUGUUGGAUGACUAGGAAGAUUUUGGAAGCUAGGAUGGUGUGGAAUAACUGCCAGCUAAUGAAUCAGCAGUCUAUUACUAGAGACCUUUACUUAAGAUUGAUAGGGGAUGGUAUAAGGGUUCCCUGGAAGUGCUUAAUGUUCAGUACUACUGCUCAACCAAAGGCUGUGUUUAUUAUGUGGUUGCAGUUGCAUGCUAAGUUGCUCACUAAAGAUAGGUUGCUGAAAUGGGGAUCCAAGGUGGAGCCACAAUGCAUGUUGUGUCAAAAUGAGGAUGAAACUCGCGAUCACUUGUUUAUGAAGUGUUCUUAUACUAGACGACUAUGGGAUGAGAUUGCUAGAUGGAUGCAGAUGUCGUCUGAUAUAGGUGGGAAUUGGCAGCAACACCUUACCUGGGCUCUGAAGAAUGCAAAGGGGAAGACUAUAAGAGCUCAGAUCUUCAGAAUGGUAUAUGCUGAAGCUGUCUAUGCAGUAUGGAUCGAGAGGAAUCAAAGAGUGUUUGAGUAG